GGGGAGGGGACCUGAGCAGAGAGGAGGGGAUGAGCGAGCGAGGGGAGGGGAGACCCGCCGCCUCCCUGCUCGCUGACUAGCUCCCUCCCGGGCUGCGGCGGCUGCAACAGCGGCGGCAAUAGCGGCGGCAGCGGCGGCCACGGGCACAGCCAGGAGAGCGGCGUCGAGGAUCGGCUGCUGUCACCACCACCACUCCACCCGCCCCGCAGAGCCCCCACGCCCCUUGGCAGAUGGCAGCCAAAGACUCGGAGGUCCCUGAGAUGAAGGGGGAACAGGAGGGCCCUCAGACCCAGGGGGAAGGGCCUGACCAUUCUGACACUGGAACUGGCCCUCUGCCUGGCCCAGCAGGGGCCCCAGCUGAAGCAGAGCCCCAGCAGCCAGGCCCAGACCCUCCUGGGGCCCCUGUGGACUCAGUGCCCAAGGCUGGGCCUGCUCCAGAAACCACAGAGACCCCAGCUGGGGCCCCCAAAAUAGCCCAGACCAGAGAUCUCAGCUCAAGCCCAGGCGGGGACUCAAAGGCUGACUCCAGCACCCAUGAAGCACCCCAAGAGCCAGCAUCCCAACCCCAAGUGAGCCAAGAGCCCACUACAGGCCAGAGCUCUGACCCCCAGCCUGCAGCCCCACAGCAGAGCCCCCAACCAGACCCCCAGCCCACCCUCAAGCCAUCCCUCCAGCCAGAGCUUCCCACCCAGGAGGAGCUGACUGAGAGUGGGGGGGAGAAGCAGGAGAAUGGGGCCGUGGUGCCCCUGCAGGCUGGUGAUGGGGAAGAGGGCCCAGCCCCCCAGCCACACUCCUCACCUUCCAUCAAAACCCCUCCGGCCAAUGGGGCACCCUCCCGGGUGCUUCAGCAGCUGGUGGAGGAGGACCGGAUAGGAAGGGCUCAUGCUCACGGUGGCCACCCCGGCUCUCCCCGAGGCAGCCUGAGCCGCCACCCCAGCUCCCAGCUGGUGGGGUCUGGGGUGGAGGGGGGCGAAGGCACCCAGAAACCACGGGACUACAUCGUCCUUGCCAUCCUGUCCUGCUUCUGCCCCAUGUGGCCUGUCAAUAUCGUGGCCUUCGCUUAUGCUGUCAUGUCCCGGAACAGCCUGCAGCAGGGGGAUGUGGAUGGGGCCCAGCGUUUGGGCCGAGUGGCCAAGCUCUUGAGCAUCGUGGCCCUGGUAGGGGGGGUUCUCAUCAUCAUCGCCUCCUGCGUCAUCAACUUGGGCGUGUAUAAGUGAAGGGCUCUGUCCUGCACUUGGAGACUUUUCUUCCUGUUGGGAUCUGCCUUGGGCCCAUCUUCCCCUGGGGGGAGCCCAGGCGGGGGGCCCAGGCCUGCACCCAUAGGGACCAAGGGAGCCUGAGCGGCCUUGUUUACAACUUCUUCCCUGCUCCUGCAUCCUGCCAGGCUCCUCCGCCAACCUGGAGGCCUCCCUUCUCCUUGCACUUCUGCCUGCAUCCCUCCAAGCCUCCUGGCCUCCCCUUCCCUGCACUUGUGGAAACCUCCCCAGCUCUCCUGCACUCCUUCCGACCAGAGGAAUCCCUGGGCGCCUCGGCUCCAUCCUCUCAUUUUCUUGGCAACUGCCCCCCAUCCCUCCCCUCCUUUUCCCUUUUCCCCUCCACACCCUCCUCCUCCUCCCUCUCCCCGCCACCUCAGCUCCCCUCAGCACCCUCUCCUCCAUCCAUCCAUCUCCAUUCAUUCUGCCGAAGCCCCAGCUCCCACAUCCGGCUGGGGCGGGGGUGGGAGGGGAUAUGCAGCCUGAGUGGGGAGGGGGCCUCCUAGGCCGGGGCUCCGACUGCUCUCUGCUGGGGCCACCUGGGCACUCAGUAACACGUGCGCGCACCUGGGAGAGGGGCGGAGGGGGCGCCGGGUUUGACCCGCCCCACCUGGGCCCCUACCAGCCGCAGCUGCUCGCUCCGCAAGGCGGGAACCUCCCCCCACCCCCCCGCCCCCAGUUAGGACCAAAGCCCCGCUGCGGGGCCGCUGCGGGGCCGGGACCGAGCUACGCUGCGGCUCGGGAGUUGGCGGAUUUUGUUUUCUUAAGGAAAAAGGGAAAGGGAGGACACUUAAGUCUUAAAAAAAAAAAUUCGGAACUGACUCUCCUUUUUGUAUGCCUGAUGCUGCAUGAGUCUGAAACACCAAUAAACGCAGACUGCAUGAGA